AUUAACUAUUACCUGUGUCUAUAUUUGUAACUCAGGUCAUUUUACGAUGUUUGAAGGGUGGCAACUGUUGGCCAUACAUUUGUGUUUCAAAGUUGUUGAUUGCUUCCCUUCAGACCAGUUCAUGUUUAUUGUCAUUUCAUGGCUAAUCCUAGUCAAUAUUAACACAGCUGUUUAAGAAUCUUUGACGAUUUUUGUUCUGGCGACUCCACGCAUAAGCGCACUACUGUGACUAGACAUUAGCCGAAUUUGUUUGGAAAUUUCGAAAGUAAUUUGAUAUGAAAUGAACGAGGAAUUACAUAUGAAUCUUCCAGUGCAACAUAAAAACGAGCAAGAACAGAAGCAAACAAAUUACGGCAUGCCGCACAAUAUACCUGCACAAAUACAGACCUGCAAACUUUGCUCGUAAAGCUGAAUGACCUGCUUGCAGUUAUAGCAAAUACACCGUACAAUAACGACGAUAUCAAGGUAGCCAGCGACAACAUUAAUUUUUUACAGUUGCAUCCUCCAAACAUUCCUGUUUGGAUUGGUUUGCUGACCCGGAGCGAGAUCAAUGCAUUUAAAUCCGAUCUCGUCGAGUUUUACCAGCAGAACUACUCCUCGCUGACUGUCGCACCAUUUCAUAAGACGAUAACGGCUCCACUUAAAGAAAUGUUUGUCGUGCCAAAUCUACACAAGAACGGAAGCGAAAAUGGGAUUACGUCAUGGGCUGAUAUGUUUGGAUGGAAUGAAAGCACGUGUAACAACAUUGUGUUAUCUUCAACGUCACGGGAAGGUAAAACUACGAUGUGUAAGUUUCUUCUUCAAGAAUGGUGUAGAGUGAGCAGCACAAACGAUGCCUGCUCUCUUCAGUGCACGAGUAGACAUGGGGGGCAUUUUUCUGACGAUGAUGUCUUGGGACGUUUCGAUUUUGUCUUUUUCAUUAACCAGGAAUGCGGUAAUUUAGAGAAAGACGUGGUUAAACUUAUUUCGGAACAUGUUCUCGACGGAACGUCAAAAAGUAGACCGGAAGGCUUUUUUCGACGGCUACUAAAACAAAAGAAAUGUCUCAUCAUUCGAGAAGGCCUGCAAGAAUGCUCAAACCUUAAACGUCCCUCUCUAAGUACUGCGUUUGUGCUCCAAAAAUCAUGAGUACAAUAAUGUUCACAUCCAGGCACUACUGCUUUCAAAGUGAAAACACAGUGUCGGUAGACGCCAAUAUUCGGCUCAAGGGAAUUGGGCGAGAUUCAAUACAGGAGCUGGCCCGCAAAGCACUGACAUUUUUGAUGAACACUUUCACACCAACGUUUAGCAAAUUUCAGCUGAAUCAAUGGCAAUGGUCUUCACCUAGACUUCGAAACAUACUGCGUAUUCCAGAAUUCCUAUUGCAACUUAUUUGUCAGUACAUUGAUGGUCAAUCGUCGGCUCAGGAAUCAGUUUUGUCUAUGGCGAAUUUAGCGUUUUCGUGGAUUGAUCAGUUAACACUUUCACAACCACUUCAAAGCGAUUGCUCUGGGAAAACUUUUCCAUCGAAGUUCGACGACACGUUUUUAGGAAAGCACAAAGGCCUUGUUUUAGAACUGGGAAAGUUUGCAACCGAAUUCAUUUGUUCUCCUACCAGCGAUUUUGUAUCUCACUCAUUUCGAAACAAAAUAACAACAAAAUUGGCAUUGGAGGCAGGAAUUUUGUUUGAAGAGGAAGACACUUCACACGCGUCGACGAAUGGAGUCAAAGUUAAAUUUGUGGAUAACGCAUUUCGAGACCUAUUUUCCGCAAUAUAUAUUUCAGCCACAAAAGCUGAUUCGUCAAGAAUAUUUGAGCAUAUUAAAACUGCAGGAAAAUACAGUUUCGAUGCUAUAAAUGCAUCUUGGGUAUAUAAUUUCUUGCAGUUUGUAGAUAAAGAAUAUUCAAAACGAUUUUUGGAGAAGGUGUCCAAACUGUCAUGUGAAACACUUUGGGAGAAGUUUUAUGCAUACUUCAUUGAUCCGAUCAGACGACUUUUUGCAUAUAUUAUCCAGCGAGAGGAAAAUGGAAUAGAAAUUGGCAGUGAAGCCCUCGUUGAAGUUGUUAGUAAAUGAAAUGCAUCAUAUUAUAGAAAAGAUUGAUGCAUUAUAUAGGACAACAUUAACUUGGCCAGUGUGCAGGAUGCUGUUGUUUUCUACGUUUCUUUUGUCUUAUUUCUGUUUUCAUAAUGUAUGUUUUUCGUUUAAUAUAGUGACAAAUACAUGGUAAGAUCAUUUAAACUGUACACGAACAUGUGUGUGUGUGCGUGCGUUCGUGUAUGUGUGUGCGCACGCGCGUCCGUCCGUGCGUGUGUGUGUGUAUAUAUGUUUAUACUUUCUUAAUAAUCACGUGAUAAUUAUUAUGUAUAUAUUGUCUUUUCCAUGUAGUGGUUAUAUUUUAUAAAUGACCAAAGGCAAACCAUGUCGAUUGCCAAUAUACUGUGAAUUGAAUUUCA